GUGUUUACUUCCCCCAUUGCUUCUCAAGAGGAUAUGCAUUAAGAAAACACAGAGCGGCCAAGUGAGAGAGAAAAAGAAGGAGCGAGAGAGAUACACAGCCUAUGCGUGUAGGUGUUUUCUUCACUUCAGUCGGUCUCGCUGAUGCGUUAAGGAUGCACGCAGUUAGUGGUGGACGAUCAUCCUGGGCAUGUGCUCUGUUACUGGCCUCUCUCCAACUUUGGGGACGACUUUCUGCUUCCACGCCCUCGCUCACUCUUCCAGCACCUUCCCUGGAGAUCUAUUCGAAGUCAAAGGAUUCGGUGGUCCUGGUCUGCCGAGCCCCCGAGGGUAACGCUGGGGUUUUGUUCAUGCUUUACGAGAAGAGAGUCAAGGUGGAGUCUCGGGACCUGACCUCUAGUGUUGGAGAAGUUCAGUUUACUGUUAGGAUACAAGAACGGGUUCCAGGCCAGAGUGAACUUUUCUGCUGUCUGUACAGGAGCCAGGAGGGUCACUACAGCGCGUUCAGUCCAUAUUUGCAACUGGAGGACCAAAAUGACCCCUCCCUCCCACCUCCAGUCUUGUCUGUAGAGCCUUCCUCAGGUGAGGUCAAACGCGGGGACAUGCUGUCCUUCAGCUGCACAGUCCCGACUCAUCCACAGUCGCAGUCAAACAAACCGUCAAGCUUCCUUUUGCUGAGGACCGCUAAACAAACAGGGACGACAUCUGUUAUCCAGCAGCCCCAGGCUAGCCAGGUAUCAAACUUUCAUCUGCAGCCAGGAGUCUUCACUGUGGGGCCAGUCGGGGGAGGAGAGGAGGGAGAGUACACCUGCCUUUAUCAAAUGACCAAAGAAAGCGGACUGGUUAAUUCCACUGUGAGCAACGUAGUUCAAAUCAACAUUACAGAUGUCCUGCCAGCGCCCAUUCUUCACCUUGAACAGCAGACAGAUGUGUGGCAUUUACUGUGCAUAGGGUCUGCUGCAUACCCCGGCGCUGUGUUCUCUCUCUACCUGGUGGAUGGUGAAUUUCCUGUUGCAACAUUUCAUGCAAACCUUUUCGCGCAUCAAGCCACCUUCCCACUGCCUGUCCAGGAUUCUCCAGUGGCUCUAUACCACUGCCAGUACAGUGUCCAACUGGGAGAGACGUGGAGCAAGUCUGAGUACAGCAAGCCUUUAACCGUAACCAAAGGGAAUUCCCCUUCAUCAUCAACAGAUUCAUUAAAUCUGGACUGGCCCCUUGUUGUGGGCUCUUUCUCAGCCGCGGUGUUGAUCCUCUGUUCUUUGGCAGUCGUGAUCAUAGUGGUGCACAGGAAAGUGAAAGCAAGAGCAGAGGAAAGGAAGAAAAGGGAGGAUACACAGUUCUGGUCUCAGGUUCACGCGAAGGAUCAUAUAGUUGACAUUACACUCACGCGUACAACCUUCCCUUCUGAGGACUGGGUCAGCAGGGACACCGGAGCGACAUCCAGAGCCCCUCUCUGGAACCCUCUUUCAACAUUCACAACACAGAUCCAUUAGAAAUGUUUGCCUCCCCCUUUUUCUCCGUGAGCGCGUGUGUGAGUGUGCCUGCGUGUGUGUGUUUGUUAUCAUAGUUAUCAAUGUAGCAUCAGUUGAAGGUUACGCAGCAGGACAGGAAAGGCUAUUUCCUCAGUUCCUAUUUCACGUGCAGCAGUAAUUGUACAAUUAGACAGGAUGUGAUGCUUGUUUAAUUUUUCUAAUAACUGAGCCAGUCUAAAUAGACAUUUUAUUAUUGCUGUUAUGAGGCUUGUUUUCUUCUGGAAGCAUUUUCGAAUUUUUUUUUAAAUGUUUGGUUGUAAAUAAUUGUAUUAAAAUAAGAGCAAAACUGAAAA